AUGACUCGCCGCGUACUUAUCCUGGCUAUUUGGUAUCGGGUGGUCCUGCAUGUGUUGGGCUCUUUGACAGCGGCAAAUGGACCGAGUCGUUGCUCGGUUGGUGUCUUAGAAGGUCGUGGUUUUACCGCAGCUGGGGACAUCAUCAUCGGCGGCAUUUUUCCAGUUCAUUACAAUAAAGUCUUCCCAGACACCCCAUUUACUGAUUUACCAAAGCCAAUUGUUUGCGAAAAAUUCAGUCUGAGGUCUUACCGCUGGCUUCAGGCCAUGGUGUUUGCCAUCAAAGAGAUCAACGAAAACCCACUUUUGUUGCCCAACAUUACUCUGGGAUUCGCAAUUUACGAUUCUUGCGAUGUCAUUCCACGGGGCCUGGAAGGUGCUUUGUGGCAGCUGAGCGGACAGGACGACGUAUUGCCUGGGUACCGGUGCCGCCCCGAGCCCCUAGCUGCGAUUAUAGGAGACGCUGGCUCAGGGGUCACUUUGCCCGUAGCUCGAAUGCUUGGACUUUACGGCUAUCCGCAGAUCAGCUAUUUUUCAUCAGUGCCGCUGCUCAGUGACCGCCGACAGUUUCCUUCCUUCUUCCGUACGAUACCAAGUGAUGAAUUCCAGUCGCGAGCUCUGGCCCGGUUGGUGCGUUACUUUGGAUGGUCCUGGGUUGGCAUCCUCGCUGCAGAAGAUGACUAUGGACAGCUGGGCAGUCAAAUACUUCGAGAGGAAAUACAAGGAAGCGGAGUUUGUCUGGCUUUUUCCGAAACAGUGCCAGUGCUUUACAACCUCAAGAAGAUAGCGAAGAUAGUACAGGUAGUCAAAUCCUCUACAGCGAAUGUCAUUAUUGUCUUUUCUUUUGAGUCUUACUUGAUUCCUGUCAUGGCUGAGAUGGCCCGGCAGAAUGUGACUGGUAAGGUGUGGAUCGCAAGUGAGGCCUGGUCCACUUCACCUAGUUUGGCACAGAAAGAUCAACUCAGGACACUGGGAGGCACCAUUGGCUUUGCCAUUCGUCGGGGGGAGAUUCCUGGUCUCAAGGAACAUCUGCUAAGUGUCUCACCUCAGUGGCCAUUAGGGAAGUCUGCCAACCUGAACAAAAACAGUGAUGUCAUAGCUUGGGGUGAGAACAGCACCACACAGCAACAGAAGGCCAGCUCUGGUGAUGUCCUUGUUAAACUCUUCUGGGAGGAGGUUUUCAAGUGCAAAUGGCCUGACCUCCCUGAUCAUAUGUCCAGCUUUAUUGGUUCUCAGCUUACCUGCACUCAGCAGGAGAGUCUGGCCAGUCUGGAUACUGCUUAUUCAGAUGUUUCCAACCUACGAGUCACCUAUAAUGUGUACAAUGCUGUUUAUGCAGUAGCUAAUGCCCUGCAUGAUCUUCAUUUUUGCAAGCACAUGAAAGGACCUUUUCUAAACAAUGAAUGUGCAAACAUACAGGAUUUUGAACCCUGGCAGAUUCCUCGUUCAGUGUGUACAGAAAGCUGUCCAGCUGGCACCCGCAAAGCCACUCGCCGUGGGCAACCUGUCUGCUGCUUUGAUUGUAUUCCUUGUUCUGAAGGGGCAUUUGCUAAUGAGUCUGACUCUGCAGAGUGCCUAUACUGCCCGGAGGGCUUCUGGUCUAGUGAAAAGCGAGACUCCUGUACCCCCAAACUGAUUGAAUUCCUGUCCUUCCAGGAACCUUUGGGUGUAGUUCUGGUGUCCCUCUCGGUGGUGACAUCAUUGAUGCCAAUCUCUACUCUUGCCAUUUUUCUCUGGCACCAUCAUACACCCAUAGUGAAGGCUAACAACCGGCAGCUGAGUUAUGUGCUUCUCUGUGCUCUGGCCAUGUGUCCCUUGUGCUCUCUGAUUUUCAUUGGCAGACCUUCACCCACCUCCUGCAUGCUUCGCCAGACUGCCUUUGGUACGGUGUUCGCACUCAGUGUCUCUUGUGUCUUGGCCAAAACUAUCAUGGUGGUGAUUGCUUUCAGGGCUUCCAAACCAGGCAGUGGAUUACAGAAGUGGGUUGGGUCAUGUUUACCAAAUUCCAUUGCUUGUGGGGGAACACUGUUUCAGUUACCUAGAGGAGGAGGAGUUUGGAAGCAUGUGCUGAUAGCUGUUGCUGCACCCACCACACGACGAACCACCUGGAUUAUUGUUGGUGGCAAUAUGACUUAUGAGAACAUGAUGUCUGCGGCAGUCACUGUGAAGAAUGGCCCAGAUGGCUCUAUCAUCUGGAACGGUUUCUACAAGACAACAGAAGAACCCUCAGCCUAA